GGGAGGGGCGGGGCGGGGCCUGGCGGGAGGGGGCGGGGCGGGCAGCCGCUUGCGCCGCGCGGGGACUGACUGGCUAACCGGUCCCCGACCCCCACCUACUCGCCUGCCCCCUCGGGGCCGCGGGGGUACUCUGACCCCCUGGCCUGGCACCGCCUGACGGAGCGGGAGUGGCUCGCUCCGGGCCGGCCGGCGCCGGGGGUGAGGCUGCCCGGACGGGGCCAGGGGCGCGCGAGGGGCCGAGCAUCCCACACCUCAGCUCGCCGGCCCCGGCCCCCGGCUCCCCCGCUCCUCCCGCCUGGCCGGCCUGGCCCGCCGUGACCCCCGGCCGCCUCCGUAGCCCGACGUGGCUACCAUUAAUAAGUGAUAAUGUGGGAAAAUAACAGCAGAAGGACUCGUCACCAACUACUUCUGAACUGACUUGUAGCUCUAACCUGAUGCACACUCUUCUGCUGUAAAAUGUACUUACUGAUACCACGGGCCAACUGAACACUCAUGGAUGUUUGCUGUCUCUGGCCCCAGCCCACUCAACGUCUAUAGCACUCGCUGGUCAUUCCAACAACUAAAAAUCUACCACCGCCACCACCACCACCACUACCCAUCUUCCAGAAGCCUUUAGGAGCAGCAGGGCAUAUACUUCUCUUGUCUUGGUUGGAUGCACAAAUCUGUGUGCAGUGCUUUUUGCCCGUUGCCUAGACGAUCACUUGGUUUCUCUGAGGAUGUCUGGUUCUCGUAAAGAGUUUGAUGUGAAACAGAUUUUGAAAAUCAGAUGGAGGUGGUUUGGCCAUCAAGCAUCAUCUCCUAAUUCUACAGUUGACAGCCAGCAGGGAGAAUUUUGGAACCGAGGACAGACUGGCGCAAACGGUGGGAGAAAGUUUUUAGAUCCAUGUAGCCUACAAUUGCCUUUGGCUUCAAUUGGUUACCAAAGGUCCAGCCAACUGGAUUUUCAGAAUUCACCUUCUUGGCCAAUGGCAUCCACCUCUGAAGUCCCUGCAUUUGAGUUUACAGCAGAAGAUUGUGGCGGUGCACAUUGGCUGGAUAGACCAGAAGUGGAUGAUGGCACUAGUGAAGAAGAAAAUGAAUCUGAUUCCAGUUCAUGCAGGACUUCCAAUAGUAGUCAGACAUUAUCAUCCUGUCAUACUAUGGAGCCAUGUUCAUCAGAUGAAUUUUUCCAAGCCCUUAAUCAUGCUGAACAAACAUUUAAAAAAAUGGAAAACUAUUUGAGACAUAAACAGUUGUGCGAUGUAAUUUUGGUCGCUGGUGAUCGCAGAAUUCCAGCUCACAGAUUGGUGCUCUCCUCUGUCUCAGACUAUUUUGCUGCCAUGUUUACUAAUGAUGUCAGAGAAGCAAGACAAGAAGAAAUAAAAAUGGAAGGUGUAGAACCAAAUUCAUUGUGGUCCUUGAUCCAGUAUGCUUAUACAGGCCGCCUUGAAUUAAAAGAAGAUAAUAUUGAGUGCCUGUUAUCUACAGCUUGCCUUCUUCAGCUUUCACAGGUUGUAGAAGCAUGCUGUAAGUUUUUAAUGAAACAGCUUCAUCCAUCCAACUGUCUUGGAAUUCGUUCUUUUGCUGAUGCCCAAGGUUGUACAGAUUUGCAUAAAGUGGCUCACAAUUAUACUAUGGAGCAUUUCAUGGAAGUAAUCAGAAACCAGGAAUUUGUAUUAUUACCAGCCAGCGAAAUUGCAAAGCUCUUGGCAAGUGAUGACAUGAACAUUCCUAAUGAGGAGACAAUAUUGAAUGCACUUCUUACUUGGGUCCGUCAUGAUUUGGAACAGAGACGGAAAGAUCUAAGUAAACUUUUGGCUUAUAUUAGGCUACCUCUUCUUGCACCACAGUUCCUGGCAGACAUGGAAAAUAAUGCACUUUUUCGGGAUGAUAUAGAAUGUCAGAAACUCAUUAUGGAAGCAAUGAAGUACCAUUUAUUACCAGAGAGACGACCCAUGUUACAGAGUCCUCGGACAAAACCUAGGAAGUCAACUGUUGGUACAUUAUUUGCAGUUGGGGGAAUCGAUUCAACGAAAGGAGCAACAAGCAUUGAAAAGUAUGAUCUCCGUACAAAUAUGUGGACUCCAGUAGCAAAUAUGAAUGGGAGGAGACUACAGUUCGGUGUUGCAGUGCUAGAUGACAAACUGUAUGUGGUUGGAGGAAGAGAUGGACUGAAGACUUUGAAUACUGUAGAGUGCUACAACCCCAAAACAAAAACUUGGAGUGUGAUGCCACCUAUGUCCACACAUAGACAUGGCCUUGGUGUGGCUGUACUAGAAGGUCCCAUGUAUGCUGUAGGAGGACAUGAUGGCUGGAGCUAUCUGAACACAGUAGAAAGAUGGGACCCUCAGGCUCGCCAGUGGAAUUUUGUUGCCACUAUGUCUACCCCCAGGAGUACAGUAGGUGUGGCAGUACUAAGUGGAAAACUUUAUGCAGUUGGUGGUCGUGAUGGAAGCUCUUGUCUCAAAUCAGUAGAAUGUUUUGAUCCUCAUACUAAUAAGUGGACACUGUGUGCACAGAUGUCAAAAAGGAGAGGUGGCGUAGGAGUGACAACCUGGAACGGACUGCUGUAUGCUAUAGGGGGGCAUGACGCUCCCGCAUCCAACUUGACUUCCAGACUCUCCGACUGUGUGGAGAGAUAUGAUCCCAAAACAGACAUGUGGACUGCAGUAGCAUCCAUGAGCAUCAGCAGAGAUGCAGUGGGGGUCUGUUUACUUGGUGAUAAGUUAUAUGCUGUUGGGGGGUAUGAUGGACAAGCAUACCUUAAUACCGUGGAGGCUUAUGAUCCCCAGACAAAUGAGUGGACCCAGGUUGCUCCACUGUGCCUAGGAAGAGCUGGAGCUUGUGUUGUGACUGUAAAAUUAUAAUUUAGUGCUCCGUUUUCUACAUGAAGACACCGUCUUCCUUUAUUAAUUUAGUAUAAUUAUUCUAUCAAUGGAUACAUUUUUAGUAAACGUGCAUUGUCACAAUCCUGGGCACAAAGUGCCUGAUCUCAAAGUGAAGAUAGUAAAACAAAGGAGGAAGCAGUGGAUGGACCAGGAUUAAUUCCUUUCAUUUCUUAGUAAAUUAAAACCUGCAGCUGGUGGAUUGUGAACACACAUUUCUGAUGUAAUAUGUGAGGACAAAUGCACUGCCCUGGAACAUAACCCAGUGCUAACUGGGGGUUUCACUUAUUCAGUCAAGCACAUCUUACUCACAUCCAGAUUUAUUUUCCUACAGUGCAGACACACCAGAUGAAACUUUAAAAUGCUACUUUUUGUAAGCUUAUCAUACAUGAGUUGCAGUAAUUUGUUUGCUUGUUUGUUUAACCACAACCACUGUUUUAAUGAUACACUAAAGAUAACACUAUUUAGUUUUUUCAGAAACAUCUGCAUUAUAUGUGUGUUGGUUGUGGAUUUUGUUUCUAAAAUUGGCUUAGUCCAAUAAAUAAAGAAAAGCAUUAAGGACUUAAAGCAACAAUAACCAAAUAAAAACUUGAUAGGAUCUUUGAAGUCUAUUUAAAUAUUCAUUCCAUUACAUCUAGACUCACCAAGAACUACAUGUUAUGAUGUUAAGUUGAAGUUGAAACAUGAUGUUUUGCAUUAAAUUGAAGAUAUGCAAAUUUAUGUAGAGAAAAUAAAUGUUAUAUACCCUAUAAUGUUCUUUCACCUAAUUAGUAUUUAAUUAUAUGGAUUUGUUUUAUAUUAUAAAAGAUGCUUUGAUUUUGUCUCUUGAUAUUGACAAAAUUGUUUGGAUAUCCUUAUGUUCUCAAGUCUGUAUCUGCCUCCCCUGCCUUAUUUCUUAUGUUUUGCCACAAUUAACCCAUUGUGCUUCUUUGUAAUCAAAGUUUAUGGGGGAAUGGGCUUAUUGAAUGUCUAAAAACUAAGUUUAAAGUGUUUGUUACCCUAAGUUUUUUACAUUUGUAAACUCUAAUUACAUAUGUGAAUGUUAUUACUCUCAAUGAAUUGUUAUUGUUUGCAAAAAUGCACUGGGCAGUAGCAUUUUGUGAUAAAUCCUACAAGAUAUAAGUCAUUGAGAUGUCUAAGAUGCUUUUUAUUUUAACCCCAAUUAGUAACCACUUUAUGGAAAAUAUUUGCUAAUAUUGUUUAUUGUGAA